CGGAGAGUGGCGGAAAUGUAUGCUUCACGUUAUAUCAUGAAGUUGGAAUUGUGCUUAUGCUGAGAAGACGAGCUGAGUAAAAUUGUAUUUGAAAGCCGUGCAUUUUAACAAAGGUCACCGCAGGGGAUGUUGAGACGUCCCAAGCCCGGAGACUCUGAGGCGGACCUCCUGCGAGCCCAGGAGGAAUUCCUAAAUUCGGGUGCCCAGUCAGGGGUUCACGUGAUUCGUCGACCUGAUAAGCGCAGGGGGGAAGAGAACGAGGUGCACAAAGAGCCAGGGAAUAAGACCUAUCAAAGAGAUGUGGUCUCCAUCCAAGACCAAGAUUUAUCAGAUGAGAUGCCCCCUUUGACUCCUGCAGCCCCCAAGAAGUCCCGCUUCAAGGCAGCUAGUGUACACUUUGAGGAUGAGGGCCCAGAGGAAUGUCUGGACAGACACGACACACAUGUCACUUCUGUCCUGUCCAGAAUCAUUGAGAGAGACUUGAGCAAUGUCCCCGUGUCUGUCCCAGCCUUCACCACGGCUGCUUUCCCAAAAGUCUUCCAUCGGUCAGAGAUCGAGGAUGGGGGGCAGGGACAGGGACUGGAACAGAGACAGGGAUCCACACCUCUGGGCAAGAGGAGUAUUUUUGCACAGAAGCUCGCAGCUCAGAGAGCCAGAGAAUCCCCUCAUGGGAAGCCCCAAAUCAGUUGCCUGACACCUGGAGCACAAGGGUCAAAUAUCUCUCCUGUUGCAACCAAGGUGACAGAACAGUCUCUUCCUGGACAUGAAGGCCGUACUGAGAGCUCCAGGCUGGUGUCAGGGCAGGGCUUGAACCAGCAGGACAGCACAAAAGAAGCUUUGAAGAUCCACCAGGAGAACAAGGCCUGGCUGGAGGGCAUGUCCCAGAGAGAGAUUCUGGAGGAGCAGAAGAGGCUGCUGGCUCAGUUAGAUCCCUGCCUGGUGGAAUUCGUAAGGAAUCGUAAAACGCAGGAUUCCACUGCCCCUUUGAACCAGACCCUGGAUGGCCAUGGUCCCAGUGCAGUAGAUAGCACUGUGUCAGCGGUUGACUUGAGGGAGUCUGAGCCAGAGCCACUGGAGAUGGAGAUGGAGCAUGAGGUGGAGUCACAACCUCCAAUCACAGAGAAGGAGCUGCCUGUCAAGCCCCAAAAGGAGUGGCUACACAUGGACAAGCUGGAGCCUGAGAAACUGGAAUGGCUGAGAGACCUGCCACCCCCCAGGAGGAGGGACACUAAACGGGCCAUGCAGGCCCGUUUUGAUUUCAAUGGCAUCCUUAUUCCUCCAGCUGAAGACCUGCCAACCCACCUUGGCCUGCACCACCAUGGAGAAGAGCCUGAGCUGGCCGGUUAUUCCCUUCAGGAGCUCUUCCACCUCUCACGCAGUCAGGUGAUCCAGCAGCGCAGCCUGGCCCUCACGACCCUCGCUCACAUCCUCACCAAGGCCCACCUUGGUGACUUCACUUCCUGCCUGACGGGCAGUAUAGUGUCUUCCCUGCUGGACGCCGGUCUCCUCUUCCUUCUGCGCUUCUCUCUGGAUGACAGUGUAGAGGGCGUGAUGGCAGCCGCUUUACACACUCUCCGUGCCCUGUUGGUCUCGCCAGGCGAUGAGGAAACUCUGGAUGGCACCUUUUCAUGGUUCCUGGGGAUGGAAGCAUUUUCUCUGCUCCCUGCCGCUCAGGAGGAGGAGGAGGAGGAUGAUGAGGGGCUGGAUGAGGUGAUGAAGCUGACUGAAAAGGAGAAGGAGGAGAGAAAGACUGAUCACGAUGUGGCCCUUGAGGAUGUUAUCAAGGGGCUGCUGAGGAUGAAACUGCUCCCCAGGCUGCGCUACAUUCUGGAGGUGGUGCGGCCGUCCCCCCGCGUGGUGCUGGACAUCCUACAGGUCCUUGCUCGGAUCGCCCGUCACUCAUCUUCCUCUGCCACACAGGUGCUAGACUGUCCUCGCCUCAUGCAGACGGUGAUGUCAGAGUUCCUGCCAUGUUCCUGGAGUCUACCUACCUCUCCCACCCCAGAGAGUCUGUAUGGGUUGCCUGUUGCCAUGGCGAUGAAGCUCCUAAGAGUAGUGGCCACCAGUGGGAGACAAGCUUGUGCUAGGCUGCUCCACAGCCUGGGUGCGCGAGAGCGUCUGUCCUGCCUGCUGGCCCUGCAACCCAAGGAUCUGCCACUGGAGCUGGGGGAGGCCCUGAGGAUCAGCACAGAAGCACUGAGACUGUGGGCUGUGGCUGCUGGAUAUGGGCAGGCCUGUGAUCUGUACAGAGACCUGUACCCCCUUCUGGUGAAGGCCCUGCAGUGCAUCCCUCGAGUGUGGGCCCCUGCAGACCCCCUGAGGCCCCUGGAGCUGCAGCGAUUGCUGGCCCUGUUGACACUCUUGACCAACGUCACUCACACGGCAGGCUGCCACCAAGAGCUGCAGUCUGCAUGUCACAGCUCCCAGGAUGCAGAGUGUCCUCCCCCUCCCCCAGUGGAAUGGAGUCAUGUGACAGGCCUGCAGCCCUCCAUACUGGGCUGGAUGAAGGGGUGUGUGAGGCUACUGCAGGACCCGGCACAGAGAGAAAGUGCACUGAUCCUCUUACCCCCGCAACUGCUCUACCUGGGUGGAUUCUACUCCCAGCUCAGCUCUCAGAACAGUUUCCAGCCUGUGGAAUGCCUUCAGGAACUGGAAGCUCUUACAGCGGAGGUCCUUCUACCUUUGCUGUCUAACCAGGCCACGCACCGUGGGAUCGACUGCCUCAGGUCCUUCUCAAUGCUGUGUAACCCGCAGUCCUGCAGCCUGCAUCCAGAGUCGGUCCCCAGCCUCCCUGGCUGGGGCUGCAGUGGGAGCCGGUCCCUGGCUGGCUCCAGCUCCCCCCUCCCACUUCUCAUGGCUCUGUGCCACCUGCUGCAGACUGUUGUCAGCAUUCACAGGGGAAUCGCCCACAAGUUUUCUCCACUGCUUCUCUCAGAGCCUCUGCUGGCAUAUCUGAGAGCAUGCUGUCAGGCAAGGCCCACCCUUUCCCAUGCCUCCACCUGGCUCCUGCGCCACGAACACCACUUCCUCUACCAGCUGCUGAAGCUGGCAUACAUGCUGGUCCCGGUCGAUGCAGAAGUGGCCAAGCAUGCCUCUCUCUUCCAUGAGCUUUCCAUGGCAAUGGUAUCAUGGCUUUUACCAGGCAGUGAACACCUUGUGCACGACCUCCUGGCCACCAUGGUCUUUAACCCGGAUUUCAUCCCGGAGGGGCGCACUGGAGGUCCAGAGGCAGCACAGCUGUCUGAGCUGCAGCUCCACGAUGGCAGCUCUCCUGCUCCUUUGGGUCCACUCCUGCGGGACGCCUGCACCCAGCUGCCCUCUCUACGCGGCUGCUUCCUGUCCCACCUGGCCCACCUGGAGCCCUUGGUCCUCCGCUCGCGUAACUCUCACCUGGGCCAGACCCCCCGCGUGCGCUCCCGUCUCCUCCCAGAGGCCUCCGGGCCCACACUGCCCUCCGAUUGGCCCUUCCUGCCGCUCGUCAGCUUGUACGAGUGGACCGGCGGGGCGGGCGACUGCGAUGUGGAGUCCCUGCCUGCCGGUUCCCUGGAGCGGGUCACCCACUGCCUGCAGUGGCUGCUCGUCCUGGAGAGCUGGCGGGAGGGGACACUGAGGGCGGUGCCUCCAGCCGCCAAGCUGGCGCGUCUGUGCUGCCUCUUCCUCUGCUCCAGCGACCUGUUCCUGGAGGUGCCCGUCCAGCGCUUGGGCUGGGUGCUCCUGAGGGCGCUAACUCGCCCGGCCCAGCUGGGGGCGCUGGACCUGGCGGUGCCCCUGCCGGGCGUGGCCUCUUUCCACGACCUGUACGAGGCCCUGCUGGGGCAGUACGAGGCCGUGUCUUUCGGGGACCCGCUGUUCGGCUGUGUGCUGCUCCUGCCUCUGCAGAGGCGCUUCAGCGCCGCCAUGAGGCUGGCGGUGUUUGGGGAACACGUGGGGCUGCUGCGCUCCCUGGGGGUCACACUGCGGCAGCUGCCUGUCCCUCUGGAAGGAUACACGUCCCCCCCAGAGGACUCCCUGGCCCUGCUACGGCUGUACUUCCGCGCACUGGUCAUGGGCACGCUCCGCCAGGCCUGGUGCCCAGUGCUCUACGUGGUCGCCCUGGCGCACCUCAACGCCUUCAUCUUCUCCCAGGAGCCCUCACUGCAGGAGGUAGAAGCAGCCCGCCGGAGCCUGCUAUGGAAGACCUACAAGCUGAAAGAUGAGGUACUGAAGACCCAUCUGCUCCUGUUCAAGAAAUCUCAGCAGGAGAGUGAACUUGGGUUCGAGGUGUACGAUAGCCUGCCACCCAUCCGGGCCCGGAGGCUGGAGGCCAUGGUUGGAGUGGAGGAAAGAAGCAGUGGAGAGAAGGACUGAAGAAGACUGCGAACAUCUUGAGUAGAUGAAGAUGCUCUUGCUCUCAGGCUAUGAGAGAACUGUGCUGUCUGACCUGAAUCCAAAUAAAGGUUUUUUCUGUACGUA